UGGCACAUGCGACGUGAGUCGUGGCGUGCGGCGGGCGCUGAGCCUGCACCGGCACCGAAAUGGAAAGGCAACCGCCGGCGCCGAGGACUGCACCGCGUGCUCACGAGGCGGCCCGUACGGCCCACCCAGAGCGCGGACACAUACGCCCCAAGCCCACCUAAACUGGCCCGGAUCCUCUCUCCGUCUCCGUCCCCGACGCCGCCACGCCAGGCUCUGCUGCCCGCGGACCCUGACCGGAGCGGCAGUGACCACCAGCCAUCCGCCAACUCCGGCGAUAAACUCUCGCACAGAGACCGCCGCUUCCGUGGUUGCUGUCAUCAAUCUGCGGUGGGUUACUGGAGGCAGGCAGUGUUCAAGCAAGAUAACUAUGAACAAGAAGAAACUUGACGUAUUUCCAAGCUGACUGCAUUAACGUGCGUAAAUAACGAGAACUGCAAAUAACUGAAAUGUUACCUUCCAGGUGCUCCUUCCCAUGGGAUUCUUCUGGGUGUGCCUCGUUGAAGCAUCUAUAGCAGUAUGCUUUGCCUAUCACCUUAAUGAUAGGAGCAUACGUUGGCGAUGCUGAAAGAGAAGGUGGUGGCAAGCUUCUCGCUGCCUCACCGAGCAUUGCCAUGGUAACCAGCACGGCUAAGACCAGGCAUAGCUGACCCUUUGGCUGGUGUCCAACGCUUACUUUCAUGGCUGGACAGUGCUUUCUCGAGUGAGAGGAGGAGAUGGGGGAAUGUGAAUGAUUUUGGCUUUGGUAUGGAUGAGUAUUUAUAAUGUUCAAGGUGGCACUUGGCAGGGUCUCUGGGGAAGCAGGUGGAGCUGGUAAGGUAGAAUGAUCAUUUGAGUGAUUAGAGCCUGUACUUCCCUAAAAAAAAUUAGAGCAUGUACUUUGUCAACCACUUGAUUUCAGGGGAGAAAUGUGGAAUUAGUUAUGAUUUAUGAUAACCUUUUGUGGUUGGAGUACUGCAUGGUGUAUAUAAAUCUGCCUGUAUGUUAUUUCAGAGAAUUACUAUUGUAGAUUUUGAAGUAACCGCAGAUACACAAUUAUGUUAUCCAUGAAAAAUUUCACCGGCGUGAUGCACAUAUUUAUUCAGUUGCUUGUAAAUCCUCAAGGGUCUUUGUACA